CAGUUCGUUUCGAACACUGCCCGAUCCUGUACUCUUGCGCCUCAAGUAUUCCGAUUUGAUUCAAAUUUUGCAAAUUCGGAGCCAAAUCUGCAUGACGUUUACCGAAAGAACCUCGAGAAGUCUAAUCUUUGACAAAAUAAAGAUCUUCAACGUGAUUUUCAGCUGCUCUUUUGUUUAUGACGUUGAAAUGUCCGUCGUACCACACGGAGCCUUCGCAAGCCAUAAAGUCCGUCAGAACGAAGAAAAACUGAAAAACCAGCGCGACGCUUGCGACUUAACCCCUCCGAAGUACAGCAGCAAGUAUAUGAACAGCGUCUGGGGAAUGUACAACCGGUAUUCAGUCCACAACUUCAAAAAAAAUAUGGACGAACAAGCGUUCGCGUUUACGGCCCAUCAGCAGGACGCUGGGCCAAAACAGUCCGUGGAAAAGACUUCCACGGACCUUAAAGGAUCUCUCUCUUCUGCCAAAAACCUUUUACCGACGGGUGGUUUUUUGCACAAGUAUUGACCUGACACGAACUGAUGUAGUCUCUUGUAGAAAUUGAUGCUUUAAUUUUGAUUUUUUAUUGCUUAUGAUUUUGAAUAAAGCUUUAUGCUGC